GGCUUCCUCUCUGCAAGGCAUGAGGAAAUAAACCGCCCACCAACGAAAGGUUUAAGGAUGAUCUGCACAUGAAAAAAGUGUUGCGGGUCAGAAAUGGACUUUCUGACUCUUUUUUCCAUCUACGUGGUGGUUGUGCUCACCUGCAUUGCGCUAGUUUGUAGGUACUCAGGGCAGCAGCAGACUCCUUUCGGACGGCUGUACCAAACCUUCACUCAGGUUGUUUCUCCCUGGAUUCCGCAAUGCAUUCAGAACAUUUGCCAAAAGACUGUGCACAGACUGUUCCACCAGAGAAACAACUUCUUCAUUUACUUGCACCUUAUACUUGAGGCUGCUGUGUAUGCAGAAUACUCCUAUGAGGUUUUCAGCUUCUGUUUGGAGAUGGACACCACUUUAGUCAAUGUGUGUGUUCCAUAUGUCCUCCUUGCACUAAAGACUUGCAUCUUUUACCUCUGUUGUAGUAGAGAUCCAGGUACAUUGACAAAGAAAAAUCAUGCAGCUCAAUUGAAAGUGUACCAGUAUGAUGAGAAAUUGUUUCAAGAGGGAGCUGUGUGUCCUACAUGUCAGUUGGUGAAGCCUGCCAGAUCCAAACACUGUAGGGUCUGCAAUCGAUGUGUCCAGAGAUUUGACCACCACUGCAUCUGGGUGAAUAACUGCAUCGGUGCUCAGAACACUAGAUACUUCCUGUUGUACCUUCUGAGUGUGUGUGCCAUGGCAGGUGAUAUUGCAGUGCUGACAGCAGACAUGUUGUUUCAUGUUGUCCUGCGAUCUGGCCUUAUGCAUGCACACUACAUCGAUGAGCAGGGCCAGCAGCAGCCUUCUGGACUUCUUUUUGUCAUACAGCAUCUCUUCUUGACCUUCCCCAGGAUAGUCUUCAUGCUUGGUUUCCUGAUAUUCGUUUUUUUCCUCCUGGCGGGAUAUUCCAUGUUUCACUGUUAUCUGGCUCUGGUCAAUCAAACAUCCAAUGAAUGGUUUAAAAGGAAAGGUCUCAGGUGUCAGCAUUGCCACCCUGUCUCUGGACAUUUCUGUGCUACCUCUUACAAUCCUAUAAGGGGCUUCUACCACCGGGGAAUCCUCAGAAAUCUGGGAGAGAUAUUUUGGCCUUUAUCUCCCACUCAGAAGAAAGACAAUUAGCUCCUGUUUAACAUGGUGUCCUUUUUUUUAACGGCAGGUCUAUUUUUAUAUGUCACAUUGUAUGAUGUUUUGGUGAAUGAGUUGUUUGAAAUAAACAUUUUCAAUCUGCUGUUGAUUAAACAAA